AUGAGCUGCUUCUUCAACGGCUGCGAAAACCCGGUCGUCUCGGGCGGGACCCAAUGUAUCUUUCACAAGAGCCGCCGCCCGUGCAUCGAGCCCGGGUGCCACAACCAAGUGUUUGCGCGCUCGCGCUGCGUGCGCCACGGCGGCAAGCGGCGCUGCAUGGUCCACGGCUGCGUCGCCAACGCGCGCCUCCAUGGUGUCUGCUCCCGGCACGGCGCCGCCCGCGAGAAGCCCCGUUGCUCGGUCGAUGGCUGCGUCAGCGUCGCCCACCGUCACGGCAAGUGCAUUCGACACGGCGGCGGCCGGCCAUGCCGCUUUGGCGACUGCACGACCAACGCCCGGAGCGGCGGGUUUUGCUGGCGCCACCGCCCUGCCAUGCCGUACGCCUUUCCCAGCAUCAAGCUCGAGCCUGGUCUGAGCGAAAUCAAAGAAGAACUCCUCGAUGAGUCCAUUCUCGAUGCGGUGCUCACGCUGGCAGAGUCGGUCGACCCGUUCCCGUGGCUGCACGCGCAGUGA